CUCUCACCGUACCCAUGCUCUUGAAGGGCUGUCUGUUUCUUGUUCUCCACUCUGCUCUCUCCAUCGAAACACUCUCAACAUGUCAAACCACAUUCCAAUGACCUUCCGCCUGAUGGACCUUCCUCUGGAGCUCUUCCAACAAAUCAUCUAUGAAACUAUACUCGCGCGAGGAAGAAAACGCGGCCUAAGGCUUAUGCUCGUGAACCGUUUCUUCCGCGAGCAAGUGCGCUAUGUACUCUGUAUGAACAGCAUGUUAGAUGGAGCCUGGCCAUAUCAGGGAGAGUAUUCAAUGGUGCAAUCCUAUCUGGAAUACUGGGUCAACACCGAGCCUAGAGAUGGCAACCGCAUCCUCGUAAUCAUUCGUCAGGUUGCCGAACACUUGACGACAGAAGAGUCGGAGACAAAGCGCUACAUAUCGUCUCUGUGUAAACUGGCCAUGAAUCAUGAUGGCUUCUUCCGCUCACUGCGCAACGCCAGUGUUCGGGAAUGUAUCCUCAAACAAGAGUUUGAGACACAUCUUCACGCUGCCGCUGUCUACAUGAACCACGUUUCUGAUAUACAGGCUUGGGGGAUCCCGGAGUCUACAAGCUUUCUUUUUGGUGCGCCCUACGACUUGGCGGCUAGGUACGGAUCAACGGAUAUCAUGGAGCCCUACCUUCAACACGACAUUGCUCAGGUUGACAUUUGUGCAUUAGUGGCCGCUGCACAAAAAGGUAGAUUAGAUAUGGUCCGCUUCAUCUUUGAGUCUCACAUGGAUGCCAAGUCUGAUCAAUGGAAGAGUUUCUGGAUGACACGAAAUGGACAGAUUCGGAUUCGAACUAUGUUAAUAACACCGAACCCCGAGAUCUGGGAUUAUUUCCUGAACGAGCGCGGGAAGGUCAAAUUGACAUUUGAUCCUAGCAUGGCUGGCCUGUGCAGUAUGCGUCAACUGUCAGUCUGUAUUCGUUCAAGAUGCUGCCGAUUUGGCUGGACAGAAAUGGCCAGGUAUAUCAUUGGGCGAGCAAAAGAGAUAUCGCUUCCCUACAAGCAGAUACACCUUCAAAUCGCUAUAUCCGCCUGA